AUGCUCCUGACGUGGGAUUUGCCAACAUUUGCAAUCACAAAUCCAGAAUCGCAGUCGCGUCAAGAAACGCCUGGAGAGAAUGUUUCGGGAACUGAUAAUCCACUAGAUGCUCCUGCGUCUCCGAAGCCUCAGAACACCGAUGGCGAGCCCGAAGACGAGGAGAUGGGUGGCACGGAAACCGAGACGAAGAAGGAAAAUGAAGGUGAAGAGGCGACCCAUGGUGCUGCUGCCUCUGCUGGUGGAGAAGGAGCUGGCGAGGACCAGCCCGCGCAAAAGUCAUCUAUCGAAGCCUCCGCGCGUUCACAUCUCGUUUCGCAAACACAUGCUAUCAUCCUGCCCAGUUACUCGACGUGGUUCGAUAUGCACACCAUCCACCCCAUCGAAAAGAAGGCUCUCGCAGAGUUCUUCAACGGCAGAAACCGGAGCAAAACCCCCGCGGUCUACAAAGAUUACCGUGACUUCAUGAUCAACACCUAUCGCCUCAACCCCAUCGAGUAUCUGACGGUAACGGCGUGCCGCCGUAACCUGGCUGGAGAUGUUUGCGCGAUCAUGCGUGUCCACUCUUUCCUUGAGCAAUGGGGUCUGAUUAACUAUCAGGUCGACCCCCAAACGCGCCCAUCCAACAUCGGACCUCCCUUCACUGGACAUUUUCGCGUUAUCGCGGACACUCCCCGCGGUCUUCAGCCUUUCCAGCCUGGCCCGAACCAUUUCGUCAAGCCAGGCAAGCCUCUUGCAGCUACUGACCGUGCUGCUUCGGCUACGCCCGCGUCCAAGGCUGAUCUGAACCUGGAGAUCCGGCGCAACGUCUAUGACGAUAAGGGCAAGGAGGUCACCCCUGCCGCCGAGGACAAGGAAAAGCAGACGAACGGAGAUGGUUCCCCUGCUAACGGGACCACGGGUGAAUCGGCGACCAAAGCGAUGGAGAGCGCGUCCAAGGAACCUAAGAGGAAGUUCAACUGUUUCUCCUGCGGGAUCGACUGCACCCGCCUUCGUUUCCACUACGCCAAGUCGACGCCGGCGACCGCAAACGCGGCCUCAGAUUCGAAAUACGAUCUUUGCCCGAACUGUUUCCUGCAGGGCCGGAUGCCCUCUAGCCAUAACGCGUCCGACUUCGUCAAGCUUGAAGAUAGCGGCUACUCGAUCGCUUCCGAUAAGGAGGCCCCCUGGUCCGAUUCCGAACUCGUCCUCCUGCUUGAAGGCCUGGAGAACUUUGACGAUAACUGGGAGCAGAUUGCCAACCACGUUGGCACCCGGACAAAGGAGGAAUGUGUGAUGAAGUUCCUGCAACUCGAAAUCGAGGACAAGUAUGUUGAAGACAUUCCCGAUGUGCGGGCGGGCGGCCGUGACCCCAUCAGCCAAGCCGAGAACCCGGUUCUGUCGGUGGUCGCCUUCCUGGCGCAGAUGGCCGAGCCCGCUGUGGCUGCGGCGGCGGCUGGCCGUUCUGUGGAAGAAAUCCGCAAGGAGCUUCGAAAGCAACUCGACAAGGUCCCUGAGUCUGACAAGAGUCAGGAGAAGGGCAAGGAGAAGGAAGGCACUGCGGAUGUCAAGACCGAGGACUCUAUGGAUGUGGACGCCUCGACCCGCGAGGAACCUGCUGGUGAGGUUGUGGAGGCCGAAAAACAGCCCAAGGCGUCUCUGCCCACCGUGGCUCUCGCCGCUUCUGCUGCACGCGCCGGUGCCCUCGCUUCCCACGAAGAGCGCGAGAUGACUCGCUUGGUCUCUGCCGCUGUCAACGUCACGCUCCAGAAGUUCGAGCUCAAGCUGCAGCAGUUCAACGAGAUGGAGGAGAUCAUCGAGGCCGAGCGCCGCGAGCUCGAGCUUGCGCGCCAGCAGCUCUUCCUCGACCGCAUGGCCUUCAAGAAGCGGGUCAAGGAAGUCCAGGACACCCUCCAGAGCGUCAGCCUGAGAGGUCCGGGCGAGGAGACGAACAACAUGAUUGCCGACGCCGCCACUGCUGGUCUUGGAAACCGCUAUAACUUCCAACCUGUCGGCGAUAUGAGAGCGGAUGUGCAGCCGUUGAGCGCCGAGACGGGUGCCGACUACAAGACUCUUGACCUGUGA